AUGAAUUCUGCGUCAUCCGUGUCCCCAGGCACUGCUGAAGCCAUUCCACCUGAAGUUGCCAUGGAGCAAUAUCUUCAAUGGCAUCAGAUGAAGCGCCGAGAUGAUCUUCCACCGUAUGGCAUCUUUGUUACCACGUGGCUGAUGCGAUACAAUAUCCUGGAAGAAAUGGGGAUUGCCCCGCCACCAUUUUCGGCUAUCAUUAUUUUGCUCAACCAGUAUCAGGAUGUCCCAGUGGUUAGUCAAGUUAUUUUGCCUGAAAUAAUGGCAAUGGGAGACCGGGCGCUCCAUCUUGAUCAGCGUGCACUCUAUGAAUAUUGUGAGCAGCUGAUGGAGUGGGAAGAUUCACUUCAAAUAUGA